CAGUCGAGGUAACAUAAUAGUGAAAAACAAACGCGGGUCCUAAACGCUACUGGAAAUGAUGUCAUAUUCAAUUGCCGGAAAUUAUGCGUUUUGACUGCGAGUACAAUCACUUCACACAGACAGAGAUUGGCAGAUAAUACAGACCGUUAUCAUAGCACAUGGUUAAUAUCGUAAUUUGGAUCAGGUCUAUACGAGAGCAUGUGCUAGCAAAGGCGUAUUAUUUGACUACUGGUGGCGUAUACGUUUUUGUGCAGUAGAGGAAGCUAUAUUUAGAAGACUUAAAAUUCCAUGGGAAAUUUCGUUAACUAAGAUCCAUCGAUGAACGCCCAGUAAUGGCUUGGAAAGAAAUGACGCAUAAUACGUAAUGGAUAGCGUCACAUGCCGUUUUCUCAACCGAGCAUUAUACUUUUUGCUAUUGAACGAGCUCCAAGAAUCGGAGAUGGAUUACAUGUGGAUUAAAAUAUUACUGCAGUGUAUUUUUUUGAAGAGUCUUAUGUAUAAGGCUGUAACAAAUUCGAAUGGAAAACAUGGUGUUAUGAUGAGAAUGUCAAAUUUACAGCCUAUCAAUUUCACAAAAGUAAAUGAAACUUAUACAAAUGAAACUGAAAUUGAAGGAAGAAUAUCAAUCUCAGGAUCAACGUGGCAAAAUGAACCAAAAUGCGGAAUAAGAUACACAAGUUCAGCUGAUCACUCACCUCGAAUCGUUGGGGGUUCAGAUUCUCUGAGAGGAGACUGGCCUUGGAUGGCCAUGAUAUUGAGAUAUUACAAAAGUUAUAAUAAUGAUGCAAGUGCAAAUAGGUUUGCGUUUGUAUGCGGAGGGAGUCUGAUAAAAAAGCAAUGGGUUCUUACCGCAGCACAUUGCUUUUCCAAUAAUCCGAUUUCAUACACACACGUCGCUCUUGGCGCUCAUCAAAAAGACCUGAAGGACGAUUCGGUAAAAAGAUUUGCAAUUGCGAGAUAUACUUGCCAUCACUUAUUUAUUGGUUCGUCAAAUGCGUUUGUUGACGAUGUAUGUUUAAUCAAACUGGCGGGAGAAGUUGAAUACACGAACUAUAUCAGACCAGUAUGCUUUCCAACCAUCGAUCAAAAUGUCAUAAACGGUGAAACGUGCCGAAUUGCCGGAUGGGGAGAAACGCAAGGAACCAGUAGCAAUAGAGUGUUACAAAAUGCAGCUAUUCUCAUACUCAAAAAAUCAGCUUGUGAAACUUGGUACAAGCAAGUCGGAGUUAUAUUACCACAAAAUCAUUUCUGUGCUGGACUUGAAAAUGGUGGAGUUGAUUCAUGCCAAGGUGACAGUGGAGGUCCUUUAACUUGUAUAAGACAAAAAAUCACCGUCAUGUUUGGAAUCACAAGCUUUGGUAUAGGUUGUGCACUCAAGCACAGGCCUGGAGUUUACGUCGAUGUUUCAAACUACAUGGGAUGGAUUCAAACUCAAAUAUCGAAGUAUACAGGGAAAGAGAGCUGUUUUUUACAAUCGGAUAUAUUAGCUUGCUCUACAGUUAUAACACGCAGCGGAACAAAGUUAAGAACUCCAAUAUCAGACAGUCAAACAUGGAUGUAUCCACCAAAUACGGACUGUACAUGGAAUAUUGCUGCCCCAAAAGGUUAUUUCGUCAAAAUAGAAUUUGAAUGCUUUUUUCACGUUGAAAUAAACCCGUCGAACACUCAAGAAUGUUACGACUACAUGUUGAUUACAUCAGCCGAGGCAGAUAUGACAUCUAUAUAUUGCGGCAGCUCCCUGCUGAGCCCAAUAACCAUUGGGAGCAAUCAAGCCAAGGUUACAUUUAAGUCUGACUCAUCAGUUCAAUCAUCGGGCUUUGUUUUGAAAAUUGUUUUUGUCAAGGAUCCUAAUCACUACAUCUCAACAACACCAAAACAGACAUUACCUCAAGCCACAGUUGGUCCAAAAAAUGGCGUCGAUGAAAUUGAGAAUCCCUGCGACACAAAACCGGCGAAAAAUACAACUUCUGGUCCCUGCUUAUCUUUAAACAGUACACAAACAACAACCUCGGCUGGUCUAGUGACUUUAAAACCAGACCUUGAUGGUGAAAAUGAAUACGUCACCAAAUCAGGUAUGAGACAAGCACCUUGCAAAGAGCAGGACUGUCCAACGGCAGAUGCCAGAAGCUUUACUAUGCAGUUGUCCAGUUGGAUAUAUUUUACAACUUCCUUUAUUGCUACUGCAAUAUAUUAAAACCAUAUAAAAUUACUAAUUUCACUUUUUUAAACGCACUUUUUAAAAUGCACAAUAUUACGAACGAGCCGAAUA